UUCUCGAUUUGAAAAAAAAAAACACCACUUUGCUCCCACUGAAAAUCAUUUUGUUUAUAGGCAGAUGGAAAAGGAAAGUUUUCUGGAAAAUUUCUUGAAACCUCUGAUUCAAUUGACCCACCAAUAAAUGAUUUGUGCUUUAAUUCUUCAAUUAUGUGCUUGAUUCCGUAUCUGGACUGAUUGAUAUAUCUAUUUCCCCAAACAAAAGAGAGCAAAAUCAAAGUGUGAUUGAUGAGGAGGAUGAUGUCGGGCCUGAAUGAGCCCACCAAGAUUCGGAAAAGGGGAAACUCAUCUUCACCGUCUUCAUCGUCGAGAAUUUACAAUUAUAGGCUGAGCAAACGGGCCAUCUUGGUGGGGAAGGGGAGGUCUCGAUCCAGCACCCCUGUGCCGACGUGGCGAACAAGCGCCGCCGUUGAGACUCCCAAGUAUUCGCAGAGCGGGAGAUCGGCCCGGCCCGUGUCGGCCCGGAGGCUGGCUGCGACGCUGUGGGAGAUGAACGAGAUGCCGUCGCCGAAGAUGAGUGAGAGUGAUUUAGAGGUGAGGAAGCGGCAGCAGAGGAAGAGCGGGAGCAGGAAAGGCGACAAACUGCUGCAUUCGGGCUCGGGCUCGGGCUAUUUGCCUCCGCAUUUGUCCGAUCCGCCUCACAGCCCCACUGUUUCCCAGAAAAUGCCAACAAGCAGUCGCCGGAGGCAGAAGCUUAUGUCUGCUGAUAGAAGCAUUGAUUGUGUUAGCAAUGCAAGUUAUAUGGAGACUGAGAGUCGAUCACGCCACCAGAUUUCCACGGAAUCCGUCGUUGGUGGGAGGAAUCGUUUGAAGGAAGCAAGCAGUGCUCUGACUACUUCAAAAGAGCUGCUCAAGAUCAUCAACCGCCUCUGGGGUCAAGCUGAUCAGCCCUCUUCAAGCAUGUCUCUCAUCUCAGCCCUCCACUCUGAGCUCGAGAGAGCUCGUUUGCAGGUCAAUCACCUCAUCCAAGAGCAACGCUCCGAGAAGAACGACAUCAGCUACCUCAUCAAGUGUUUUGCUGAGGAUAAGGCCUCUUGGAAGAACCACGAGCAACUCGCUGUGGAAGCUGCUGUCGGAUCCAUCGCCCGUGAGCUGGAUGCAGAGCGGAAGCUGAGAAGGCGGCUUGAGAGCUUGAACGCGAAACUAGGGCAAGAGCUUGCAGAGAUCAAGUCGUCGUUCAUCAAGGCAGUCAAAGAAUUGGAGUCUGAGAAAAGAGCAAGAGAGGUAGCAGAACAGGUGUGCGAUGAGCUAGCAAGAAAUAUCGAUCUGGAUAGGGCCGGAGUGGACAAGUCCGAGAGGGAAUGUGUCGGAUUUCAUCAACAAGUGGAGGAGGAACGCGAGCUGCUGGAAUUGGCUGAUAAGUUGCAUGAGGAUCGAGCCCAAAUGAAGCUUUCUGAGGCCAAGCAUCAAUUCGAGGAGAAGAGCUCUGCUGUCAGCAAGCUAAGGAAGCAACUCGAAGCUUUCCUAGGAUCAAAACGAGACAGAGUUGAUGAAGAAGUCGAGGAUGGUGUGGAAAGCAAAGAAGAAGACUCUGCAGAGAGUGAUCUUCACUCCAUCGAAUUGGAGUUGAAUAAAAACAAUAGUAUUGAGAAAGGGCACAGCAAAUGGGCUCACACCUCUGCAGUUGAACGCAUGUCUAGGAGAACACCGGCUAGUAAUGAUACGAGAGCAAGAAACUCCAUCUCCGGAAUGGUCUCUCGUGGGAGCACUUCUCUGCAGAGAAGCGCGUCUGAUGGAGUCGAAUGGGCAGCUCAAGGUGCAGGUAACCAUCACACUAAUAACGAGGGAAUUCAUGAAGUGGAUGAAAUGCAGAGGCUCAAAACUAGUAAAGGUUUCAAGAAUCAGUUACUAUCAAGUUCCCGGUUAGGGAUAGAAAACCAUAGUCUCUCGAAGAAGAAGGAGAAUUCAUAUCCUCCGAGAGAUGGAAGUCAUGAGAAAUCUAAGUCUAGAGCAGCAGAAGGCAGUCGGGGAUCUAAAUGGUGACGUUUUUGGAGCAUCGACAUGUUGUCGAUGCAAUCUCACACGUGCAAUAUAUCAACACAAGUUAACAACAUCUUGUUGACUUAAUUUGUGGAAAACAUAUGGAAACUCCUCCACGAUCAUGUUAUGGUAUCGCGCCAUGUUCCGCGUAGCAGAAGGCGUGACAUCCGCGUAGCAGAAGGCGUGACAAACUCGUCUUCCACUUCUUGUAAGUUGCUUUGUGUAUAUUUUUGUUAAAGGGAAGUACUACUUGUUAUAUACUACACAGUAUGUUGAUUUUAAUUUUGAAUUUGAAUUUGGAAUGAUUUAA